AAUUUUUUUGCAAUUGUUCAUCGGCCGUCCGAUUCGUAUGAAAAUUUGUGAUAUUCGAUUCUUUGGAACCUGACUGAUUCGAGCAAGGCCACUGAGCAAGGCUCAACGUUAAGAUUGCAACUACUUUCACGUGAAUUUCUCUUAUCAUGUCAGAGUUGUUGAGCACCGAUGUUCUUGCUGUGCUUAACGUUGACGACUACAUUUUUGUAGGAAUUGGAUAUACUUUACGAACAUACAGGAAAUCAUGUGCCACCCUUAUAUCAAAAUUAGACGUUUGUUAUCCAGAUAAAAUUCAUGGAAUUAUCAAGGGACCAGGGAAUUAUUUGGUUGUUUUUGGUGGAAAAAAUCUAAGCAUUGUGGGAGUAGAUUAUUAUGAUGAACUAGUGGAAACUACAUUACUGGACGUCCUUCAUCAACUCAAUGACUGGAUAAUUGCUGUAGGUUUGUCGGGUACCGAAAAUGACACUAACAGACUUGCCAUACUUUUUGCCCAUAAUAAAUUGUGCUUGUAUGAUUGGACAGAACAACAAUCUAAGGAAUUUCAAUGUGAAGAAAAUUGCAUUUUAUAUGGUGGCUCAGUUAUUAGUGACAAAAAUGAAAAUUGCCUAGUACUGGCUGGUACCGUAUUUCAGGAAAUUGUAAUUUGGGCCGUGAAUAAUGUAGCUGACAAAAAAAUAGUUCCAGUUUUACAUCGCCUGACUGGACAUAAAGGUGUUAUUUUCUCCAUCAAAUUCGAUUUUGCUACACGCCUCAUAUGUUCGACAUCAGAUGAUCGAACUAUCAGGCUUUGGUCAGUAGAGUUUGAAAAGUCUGAUUGUAAGACUCUACAAUGGGAAAAUGCAGUGAUCUCACUGAGAACAACAAUGUUUGGUCAUACGGCUAGAAUAUGGAGAGCUUUGAUUUGGAGAGAUUUUGUUCUUAGCAUAGGUGAGGACUCCCUUAUAUGCAUUUGGACAACAAAGGGUACGCUCAUUAACAAAAUAGAAGCUCAUCAUGGAGCACCUAUUUGGUGCAUCGAUAUUUCUGAAGAUGGUAACACUAUAAUCACGGGAGGUGGCGAUGGAGCAGUGCAUGUCUGGCCUCUCCGAGAGAAUUCUAGCUUCGAAACGAAAAUUAUACCAAUGGAAAACGUACAUGAGGUUCCAAAGCACAUUGGAAUAUUAAGCAGUAGCACUCUUGUAUUUAUAACACAGUCAGGAAAAAUUAUUACUCAUAAUACGGAAUUGGGUAUAAACGUGGAAUCGAUUGAUUUAAAGUUGUGUACUAGCUAUAUUUUGAUGCAAAUAUCACCGAACAAAAAACAUAUUGCUUUGGCAUCUUUGAAUGGAUACCUAACACUGUACAAAGAUGAAAACGGAACAGGAUCUUUACACAGAGUUUUGGAAGAAAAGAUCGUUGACUCUAAAAUACUAUCUAUGCAUUGGCUGAGUAAUGAUUCAUUAUUGCUGUGCGGAAUCAAAGGUCUUUUGAAAUUGGUGAAAAUAGUAAAUGGAAUCACAUUGAUUGAAUCAGAGCACAAACUACCUCAAAGUAGAGAACGUUGGACAACUGCAGCUAUUAUUCAUAAAAACUUAUUAAUAUGUGGAGAUCGAGCUGGAAGUAUUCACCUCUAUCGAAAAACCCAUUCUGAAUAUAAUGCUAAAUCUGUCGAUAAGAAUUAUUGUAUAAAUCCUUUUCAAAGUCUCCUCAAAAUUCACGGAAGACUUGGCGUUCAUUCUUGUACUAUUGUUGGCAAUAAAUUAUUGAGCACAGGCAGAGAUGGCACUUUAAGAUUUUUCGAACUUCUCGAAAUUGAAGGCCAGAAAACAAUGAGCGAACUGCACAUUAAUAAAAUGCCAAUGGAUUGGGUCAGCACAAUUUCGGAGACCUCCAACGAUAUCUAUGUGCUUGGUUUCAAGGAGGUCGAUUUUGUUCUCUACAGCACCGCCUUUCAGCGAGUAUUAUUGAGAAUUCCUUGUGGAGGAGGUCAUAGAUCCUGGGAUUAUACGUUAAACAGCACGAAUUUCCAAUUUGUUUACAUACGUGACAAACGUAUUUACUUUAGUCAAUGCCAGCUACACUCUUUAGCAAAUCCUGCAAUACAGAAUGGUUUUCAUUCAAAGGAGAUAUAUUGCAUUCGACGAAUACCAACCUGUACCAAUCAUAAUAUAUUGAUUUCUGGUGGUGAGGAUCGUGAACUCCGCAUCACCUGUUUGACAAACUCAAAAACUCACAAGAAUUCCCAAGAAUUGAAUACCAUAGCUCGACUAAGUGGACACAUAUCUAGCAUCAAAGCAUUAUCUUUGAUCAGUUUACAAGAUACAACUGCGUUUAGCGAGAAUUUGAUAUUUUCUGGUGGUGGCAGAGCACAGUUGAAAGUUUGGCGUAUCCGUAUAAGAUUUGAUCAGUCCACACUAGAUGAGAGCAGUUUAAGUUGCACAGAAUUGGCGUCCCAUAUGUUACGAGGUACAGAUCAAGAACAGAGGAAGACCUUACAGCAUGUAAAUCAACAAUCUUAUUACAUGGAUCCUGAAACACGCUACAUGGACAUAAGUGUACUCAGAAUCCCAGCAAAUCUAAACACAGUUCUGCUUGUCAUUGGUUGUUCUGAUGGAUUUUUAAGAAUUUUCUCUUACAACAUAUUAAUGAGGACUGUAGUCGCUUGGGCUGCUAUACCAUAUGAAAAUCGGUGUAUUAUAAAAACUCAUUUGUUAAUUCAUGCUGAAAAUACCAUUGCCUUAACAAUGACCACUGACGGAUUUGUGAAUUUCUGGAGUUUGAAUGAUAUAGUUGAUGCGUUCACAAAAAAUUUACUCCCAGAAAAAAAAAUAAGUUCAACAAUCAGUUAUCGACCAUUUGCAAGCUUAAGAUUACACCAAUGUGGCAUUAACAGUUAUGAUUUGAAAAAAUUGACUGAAUCUGAGUUUAUCCUAGCGACUGGUGGAGAUGACAAUCUGAUCUGUCUUUCGGUACUUGAAAUCGGAUUAGAAAAUGGAGUACUGUUUGUAAGAGAAAUUAGUAAAUGGAAUUGUUCAUCAGCUCAUUCCACGCAAAUUACAGGGUUGAUUUUAGCUGAGAGGAGCACUUUGAUCAGUGUCGGGAUGGAUCAAAAGGUGUUGAGAUUUAAUUAUAUAUUCGCACGUGGAAAGUUGUCGCUAUCUUUGAAAGAUGAAGUAAUUACUGCUGUGGCGGAUGUACAAGGAAUAAUAUCAUGUCAUACUCAUGAGAUUUGUGAUGUGCUUUUAUGCAUUUAUGGUAAAGGACUUGAGUUAAUUAGAAGAACUAUAGAAUUCAAUACUACAAUAAAUUGAAAUUUUGUCAAA